AGACCAAUCACAGCCGAGGUGGGCGGGAUAUCCAUUGUUACUACAGGUCCUGGAAGAAGUUUGCAGCCGACCUGCAGCUGCUGCACCUAUGAGCCUCCACGUAAAUGAAUAGUCCCGGCUCGACGCGCCACAAGACGAGCUGAUUAUGCCGAGAUAAGGAGCAUAUGACCCGCACUCCCUCCGAUAAUGGCAUACGAUGACGCUUCACCCGCGGAGGACGUCCCGGACACGGUGAUGCCCAGGGGGGCUCCAUGCAUGUGCGGCAAGAAGUGCAGGGGUCGGAGUGGCACCGCUGUCUUCCUAGGAUUAUUCCUGCUGUCGCUCACUCUACACGCAGUCACCCUUGUCUGCUAUUUGGACCUGCGCUCCGAGGUGAAAAGGGAAAUUACCCACCAGAAGCGGGACUCUAUGGUGACACCCGCCGGGGUUGACCUGGCUGACCCGGUGGGGGUUCUGCCGCCCGGGCACCCGCGAGUGGACACCAGCCACAGCGAAGAGGAUCGAGAGGAGAGGUCACUCUACAGAAACGGCGACUUUCACGGCACAAAAGACGGCAGGGGAAGAACUCUGCGGGCAAAAAGGAGUCCUGGCAGGGAACUGGAAACAGAAUCAAACGGAAAGGAGAGGAGGAAAGACAAGAAAAAAGGGAGAAAAAGGCCUGUGCCAGGACCCCCUGGUCCCCCUGGUCCACCAGGGCCUCAGGGCCCGCCGGGCAUCCCAGGGAUCCCCGGUAUUCCAGGAAGCAAUGUUGUGGGGCCUACAGGACCUCCUGGACCCCCUGGACCACAGGGACCACCAGGCGCUCAAGGUCCGGCAGGGGUUCCUGAUAAGUCAAAGAAAUUCCAAGUAAGACCAGCAGUGGUCCACUUACAAGGACAAGAAACAACAAUCCAAGUGAGGGAAGAUCUGUCUCAAGGCGUCCUCAGGAACUGGAAGAUGGUGUCCAUCAAUAAAGACGUGUUCAGGAUGAAUCCUCGCACCGGAGAGCUGGUGGUGCUGCUGGACGGUGUCUACUUCAUAUAUAGUCAGGUAGAAGUGUACUACCUCAACUUCACUGACAUCGCCAGUUAUGACUUGAUGGUGGACUCCAGCCCGUUCCUACGCUGCACGUGCAGCAUCGAGACAGGACAGCGCAAGUUCAACACCUGCUACACGGCCGGGGUGAGCCUGCUGCGCUCGGGCCAGAAGAUCUCCAUACGCAUAGCCCACGAGUACACGCUAAUAAACAUGACCAACCACACCACCUUCCUGGGCAGCGUCAGGCUUGGAGAGGCUCCAUCUGCUGUACAGAACGGUUAACUGCACUCCCCGUAUGCUGUCUUCAUCUUUCCUAAUGUGGGAUUGAUGGGUUCCGUUCAAGCCCAAUGUGUGGAGGACAUUCGGGGAACCUUGGUGACUUUUGUCAACUUUCAAAUGUCUGCCUUAAAAUGGACUCUAAAGACUUUAAUGCUUCCUUUCCACAUGAUUCUGUGCAUAGAGAUAAGCCCUUUGGAAAAAGCUAUCCUCAUCAAACACAAGUUUCUAUUUAUAGUCACCUUCUAUGUGCAGCAUCUUUCUUUAUAACAAGGAAGGACACUGCUGACAGGUACUUAGUAAUUACAUACUUUUAAGUGCUGUUAAAUGAUGACAAAAACACUUGUAACAGUGCCUUGCAAAAAUAUUCAUGGUUCAUGACCCCUUAAAGCUGUUGACAUUUUGUCAUGUUACAACCACAACCAUCAAUAUAUUUCAUUAGGAUUUUACAUGAUAGACCAACAGAAAGGUUUUUUAAGUCAUUUUAAGUGGAUAGAAAAUGAUUCACGGUUUUUAACAUUUUUUACUAAUAAAAACCUGAAAAUUGUGUAAGGGGUAUGUCUCUAUUAGCUUUGCACACCUACAGUUACCAUCCUGGCUAAUUUGUCUUUGCAAAACACCUCAAGCUCACUCAGAUUGGAUGGAGAGCAUCUGUGAAUAUCAGUUUUCGAGUGUUGCCACAACUUCUCAAUUGGAUUUAGGUCUGGUCUUUGACUAGGCCAUUCUUGCAUUAGGCAUGAAUAUGCUUUAAUCGAAACCAUUCCACUGGAGCUCUGGCUGUAUGAUUGCGGUUGUCCUGCUGGAAGCUGGACCUCCUUCCCGGGCACAAGUCUUUUGCGGCCUCUAACAAGUUUUCUUUCAGGAUUGCCCUGUAUUUAGUUUCAUUACCUUCAACUCCAAACAGUCUCCCUGUCCCCACUGGAAAAAAAGCAAUCCCACAGCAUGAUGCUGCCAGUACCAUGGGUAUGUUCAGGUUGUUAGUUGUCUGCCAUGCAUAGUGUUUUAUAUGGGACUUCUUAAAAGCUAGAUGUGUUUAGUGCAGAACUAAUGUGGAUCUCUGCAGCUCCUCCAGAGUUAUCAUGGGCCUGUUUGCUCCUUUUCUGAUUAAUGCUUACCUUUACCGCCUGGUUAGUCUAGGUGGAUGGGAUGUCAUGGUGGGUUUGCAGUUGUGACAUGCUCUCUCUGUUUUCAGAUGAGGGAUUUAAAGUGCUCUGUGUGCUUUGGAUAUUGUUUUAUAACCUAACCCCACUUUGAACUUUAUCCCUGACCUGUCUGGUGUGUUCCAUGGUUUUAUGAGGCUGUUCUCUAACAGCCCUCUGAAGCUUUUACAGAAUAGCUGAGAACAAAUUAAACACAGGUGAACUUUAUUUACUAGUUAGCUGUGUUCUAAAGGCAGUUAGUUGCACUGGAUUUAAAUUACAAGUUUUAGAGAAGGGGGAGCUAAAUGCAUACACAACUUACAUUUUUCAGAUUUUAAUUAGUAAAAAAAUGGAAUACUUAAAGUUUGUGAUGGUUAUGUGGUAAAAUGUAAACAUGAUACUUUGGCAAGGUGCUGUUUUUGUCAUGAUUUAGUUCCUGUUUCUAUUAUUUAAGCCUUUUCAAUAAGUUGUGUAAGAAGGGGUUAAAAACUUCAUGAGGUGAAAGGAAGAAGGAAGGUAUUCAAAGAGCAACAGCACUAUAUAUAUAUGUUUGCGCACAUUUGCACUAUAGUAUCCCUGCAGAAUACCAGUGAUAUGUUUUCAAAGUGCUUUUGUUUAGUUACCUUAUGACUGAAUCCAUGUAGAGAAACAAGUUGUUAAUACACGCCUGUACAUAAUGUAUAUAAAAAUGGAAUAUACUUUUGUAAAUGGAGUUGAUUGACGGAUUAAAAUGUUUUCAUUUUCUGCCUAA